GUUUGUGCGAGCAAGGAGGCUAGAUGAUUACCCCCGAAGCCCUCGCUAUGAGGCCGAUCGGGGUAGAGGCGACUCCCGCGGCCGAUGGGAGAGGGGCGGCAGAUACGAGAAACCGGACCGAGAUGGAUAUAGGGACGACGGAUACGAGAGGUCGGGUCGAGAUGGCUACAGAGAAAGUAGAUAUGAGAGAGGAGAUCGAGACUGGGAACGACAAGAUGGGUCACGCGGACGGUUUGAGCGCGGGGGAGAUGCGAGAGAGCAGCGUGACGAGACGCGAGGAUGGUACAACCGAGGGGACCGACGCGAUGAGUCACGAGGACGAUAUGACUCGGGGGACCGCCGGAAUGAUUCGCGAGGGCAGUAUGAGCAAGGAGGGUCUGGAGGAGACCGGCGCAACGAUUCGCGCGGUCGAAGAGAGAGAGGGGGAUAUGGUGUCUCAUCAGAACCAUAUCCCAAACGACAGGGCGUAUACUCCCAGGAACUCAUGCGUCUACUGUAGAGGAGAAGAUCAUAUCAAGAGGGAUUGCCCGGACCUCAAACGGGCAAUAGAAGAGGGACUUGUCGUGCUUGACGACCGCAAGUACGUCAAGUGGGCAGAUGAUCUCGGAGAUGUAUCGAUGUUCCCUUCGAUGAAGAAGAAUGUCGAAGGAAAGAGAAUAAAGACGAGUAAAAGAAUGGAGCCGGUCAAGAGCCAGAGCAUCAAGAUAACCUUUGAGGGGGAUAUGGCGACCACACCCAUAAUGGUGGCUGCCACCAAGUCGGCGAGAGGAUCUACAUCAAAGAAAAUUGAUACGGAUUACGUGAUGGCAGAGAAGGACGGGCAGCGGGUCGAUGGAGAGGAGGUUAUCCUUUCGCCGCGAAAGCGGGGAGUCAAGAAGUUCUUAAUGAAGAGUUAGCUGGACGAGAUUGACACGGUCGAGCCACUGAGGCGGGCCCUUCGGCAACUCAUGCAGUGCUCUAUUCUGGAGUACCUGGCGGCAUCGAAGCCG